AUGAGUCGGUUCUUCGCAACUGGAACUGACUCCGAGUCUGAAAGUUCAUCUGAAGAGGAGCAGGUAGUAAGAGCACCGGCGCCCGUUUACACGUUCAGUGAUGAUGAAGAAGAAACUAAACGUGUUGUACGUUCUAUGAAAGAGAAGAGAUAUGAAGAAUUGGAAGGAAUAAUUCAUUCAAUUCGUAACCAUCGUAAGAUCAAGGACUUCGCGUCUGCUUUAGCUUCAUUUGAAGAGCUCCAAAAGGCUUACACUCGAGCAGCACCUGUUGUCGCUAAGGAGGAGAACGGUGUUGCUCCACGGUUCUUUAUUAGAGCAUUGACAGAAUUAGAUGAUUGGGUCUCGGGAGCAUGGAAUGACCGAGACAAUAGGAAAGCUCUUUCAAAGGGUAACAGUAAAGCACUAACGUCCUUGAGACAAAAACUUCGGAAGUACAUUAAGGAGUUUGAUGCCGAAAUAUCCAAAUUCCGUGAGAAUCCAGACUUACCCGAUGACGACGACGAGCGGAAAGACACGUCUUCAUCUGACGAAUCCGAAGAUGAAGAAAAGGUUAAAGAGAAGCCAAGAGUUCGCCGUUCACCGGAGCCCCAGCGUGGGCCGCCGCCUCAAGAUGAUGACUCAUCGGACACAUUCGACUGGGGUUCUAGUUCAUCUGAUUCGAGCUCAAGUUCCGACGAUGAGACCAGGGCUGCAACAAUACGAGAGAAGUUCUUGAAGAAGACCACGGAAAGGGAUGACGAUGAGGAGAGAGACAGGCGCCGUGCUAGGCGUGAGAGACGAGAGAGGGUUGGCAAAAUUAGUAAGAAGGAUCAAGCUGAUGACGGUGGAGAAUGGGAGACAGUGAGGAAGGGCGCCGCGACAUCAGAUAAACCGAAAAUGUUCGCUAAGGAUAGCGACAUUGAUGCAGCGUUAGUAGUGAAGAAACUGGGUGAGAUCAGUGCAGCUCGUGGUCGGAAAAGAACAGACCGUAGGGCACAACUGGAACUACUUCAUGAACUCCGAACUGUGGCACAACAACACAACCUCGGUGAUGCUCUUCAGCUCAAACUGCGCGCUGCAACUGUUGCGUCACUAUUCGAUUACAACCCCAAGGUCUCUGAUGCCAUGAAACCCGAAUACUGGUCGCGCCUUGUAGAGAAUGUGGAUCAAAUGGUCACCCUCCUCCUAGCCCAUGAGGAUAUGAUGCUAAGUGAGACGAUCACUGAGGAAAAUGAACAGCUGGUUACUCCACCAUACAAAGUCAGAGGCUGCUUGCUGACAGCACUGGAGAGACUUGACGAUGAGUUCAUUAAGCUGCUUAAAGAAUGCGACCCACAUUCCAACGACUAUGUAGAGAGAUUGAAGGAUGAAGUCAGGGUGUCCGCUCUUAUUGAUCGCGUCUGCCAAGUCGUAGAACGGGAUGGAAGCCCGCAGGAAAUCUGUCGCGCAUAUUUGCGUAAAAUUGAUCAUCUUUAUUACAAAUUCGAUCCUCGUGCUAUCAAGAAAGAUCUGCCACCAGGUGAAGAAACAACUAUUAAAAAGAUGGAACGUCUGUGCAAGUAUAUUUAUGCUAACGAUGAUUCCGACCGUCUGAGAACUCGUGCGAUACUAUCGCAUAUAUACCAUCACGCCCUGCACGAUAACUGGUUCCAGGCAAGGGAUCUUCUACUUAUGUCCCAUCUUCAAGAGAACGUUCAACAUUCCGAUCCCAGCACUCAAAUAUUGUACAACCGUACGAUGGCUAAUCUUGGGUUAUGUGCUUUCCGUCGGGGUAAUGUCAAGGAAGCCCAUGGUUGUUUGGCCGAACUAAUGAUGACGGGCAAACCGAAAGAGUUACUCGCUCAGGGCUUGCUGCCACAGCGUCAACACGAGCGGUCUAAGGAACAGGAGAAAAUAGAGAAGCAGCGCCAAAUGCCGUUCCAUAUGCACAUUAAUUUGGAACUCUUGGAGUGCGUGUACUUAGUAUCGGCUAUGCUGAUUGAAAUUCCAUACAUGGCUGCUCAUGAAUUUGAUGCCCGUCGUCGUAUGAUAAGUAAGACAUUCUAUCAGAACUUGCGUGCGAGUGAAAGGCAGGCUUUGGUUGGUCCACCGGAGUCAAUGCGUGAACAUGCUGUGGCAGCCGCGAGGGCAAUGAGGAGAGGAGACUGGCGCGCCUGUCUUAACUUUAUUGUUAACGAAAAAAUGAACGCAAAGGUCUGGGAUUUGAUGGUCGGAGCUGAGAAUGUACGUGCUAUGCUCGGUAGACUGAUAAGGGAGGAGUCACUGAGAACCUAUUUGUUUACGUAUGCACAUGUGUACGCAUCGCUAUCAUUGCAUUCGCUGGCUGACAUGUUCGAACUACCAAGACAACGCGUUCAUUCUCUCGUGUCUAAAAUGAUCAUUAACGAGGAACUGCUGGCGUCACUUGACGAUCCGAGCGAAUGCGCUAUACUCCAUCGCUCUGAGCCAACCAGAAUGCAAGCGCUGGCGCUGCAACUCGCUGAUAAGGUGGGUAACCUGGUAGACUCCAACGAGCGUAUCUUCGAGAAGCAAGGCUCGUUCUUCCAGCGCGGUGGAGCGCCGCGGGGGGAAGGCAGGCAGCGGGACAGACCGCGCGAGGGCUGGGGCCGCAGGCAGCGCAACAGGCGUCGAGACGACGAGCGCGCUCACGAAGACUAA